CUUGUGGGAGUUGUAGUCUCCGGAGCCACUUCCGUGCCAGACUUCCGCGUGUGGGGCACGUUGGACGUUCUAGUACCGCGUUCUGUCCAGGAGAAGCCAACUCCUCCCGGCCCGCCCGGAACCCGCGAUGCCCGCCCCGCAGUGCGUCUCCUGCCACGCGGCGCGCGCUGCCCUCCGCCGCCCGCGCUCCGGCCAAGCGCUGUGCGGGGCCUGCUUCUGCACCGCCUUCGAGGCCGAGGUGCUGCACACGGUGCUGGCGGGCCGCCUGCUGCCGCCCGGCGCGGUGGUGGCCGUGGGGGCCUCCGGCGGCAAGGACUCCACGGUGCUGGCGCACGUGCUGCGCGAACUAGCGCCGCGCCUGGGCGUCUCGCUGCGCCUGGUGGCCGUGGACGAGGGCAUCAGCGGCUACCGCGACGCGGCGCUGGCGGCCGUGCGACGCCAGGCGGCGCGCUGGGACCUCCCGCUCACCGUCGUGGCCUACGCAGACCUCUUCGGGGGCUGGACGAUGGACGCCGUGGCCCGCAGCACGGCCGGCUCCGGCCGCAGCCGCGCCUGCUGCACCUUCUGCGGGGUGCUGCGGCGCCGCGCGCUGGAGGAAGGGGCGCGCCUCGUGGGAGCCACGCACAUCGUGACGGGCCACAACGCCGACGACAUGGCGGAGACCGUGCUCAUGAACUUCCUGCGGGGCGACGCGGGGCGGCUGGCCCGGGGCGGGGGCCUGGGCUCGCGGGGCGAGGGGGGCGCCCUGCCGCGCUGCCGCCCCCUGCAGCUGGCCUCGCAGAAGGAGGUGGUGCUGUACGCGCACUUCCGCCGCCUCGACUACUUCUCCGAGGAGUGCGUCUACGCGCCCGAGGCCUUCCGCGGCCACGCGCGCCACCUGCUCAAGCUCCUGGAGGCGGCGCGGCCGUCGGCGGCGCUGGACCUGGUGCACUCGGCCGAGCGCCUGGCCCUGGCCCCGGCCGCGCGGCCGCCGCCCCCCGGCGCCUGCUCCCGCUGCGGGGCGCUGGCCAGCCGCGCGCUCUGCCAGCUUUCGCUGGUCACAGCCUCUCGCCGGCGCCACAUCUAA